UCUGCAGUAUCACGUGCAGCCGCGCCGGGUGCAGGAUGGCGGCGGCGGCCGCAGCGGUGGGUGUCAGGCUCCGGGACUGCUGCAGCCGGGGCGCCGUCCUCCUGCUCUUCUUCUCCCUGUCCCCUCGGCCCCCGGCCGCGGCCUCCUGGCUGCUGGGCCUGCGGCCCGAGGACACCGCGGGAGGCCGCGUGUCCCUGGAGGGGGGCACCCUGCGCGCGGCUGAAGGCACCAGUUUCCUCCUGCGCGUCUAUUUUCAGCCCGGGCCCGCGGCGCCCCCGGCGCGGAUCCCCGCAGCCACGCUCUCCCCGGGGGGAAACGGCACCGGCGACUGGGCUCCGCGGCUGGUGUUCAUCGAGGAGCCCCCGGGCGGGGGCGCGGGCGGGGGCGGCGUGCCUCCCAGCGCGGUUCCCACGCGCCCCCCGGGGCCGCAGCGCUGCCGCGAGCAGAGCGGCUGGGCGUCGGACGUGGAGGUCUUGGGGCCCCUGCGCCCCGGGGGCGUGGCGGGCUCGGCUCUAGUCCAAGUGCGGGUGCGGGAGCUGCGCAAGGGCGAGGCGGAGCAGGGCAGCGCGGGCGGUGGCGGGAAGCUCUUUUCGCUGUGCGCCUGGGACGGGCGCGCUUGGCACCACCACGGCGCCGCGGGCGGUUUCCUGCUGCGUGUCCGGCCCCGGCUGUCCGGCCGGGGCGUUGACCUGCUGCCCCCCGCGUGGCUGCGAGCCCUUGGGGCGCUCCUGCUGCUCGCCCUGUCUGCCCUGUUCAGCGGCCUGCGCCUGAGCCUGCUCUCGCUGGACCCGGUGGAGUUACGGGUGCUGCGGAACAGCGGCUCGGCCACCGAGCAGGAGCAGGCGCGCCGCGUGCAGGCCGUGCGCGGCAGGGGGACCCAUCUGCUCUGCACCCUGCUCCUGGGCCAAGCCGGAGCCAACGCUGCCCUGGCCGGCUGGCUGUACGCCUCGCUGCCGCCGGGCGUCGGGGGCACAGAGGACGAUUACGGCGAGGCGGGGGGACACUUCCCGUGGCUGCCGGCGCUCGUGUGCACCGGCGCCGUGUUCCUGGGCGCCGAGAUCUGCCCCUACUCGGUGUGUUCCAGGCACGGGCUGGCCAUCGCCUCGCACAGCGUGUGCCUGACCCGGCUGCUGAUGGCCGCCGCCUUCCCCGUGUGCUACCCGCUGGGCCGCCUGCUGGACUGGGCGCUGCGCCAGGAGAUCAGCACCUUCUACACGCGGGAGAAGCUGCUGGAGACGCUGCGAGCCGCGGACCCCUACAACGACCUGGUGAAGGAGGAGCUCAACAUCAUCCAGGGCGCCCUGGAGCUGCGCACCAAGGUGGUGGAGGAGGUGCUGACCCCCCUCGGCGACUGCUUCAUGCUGGCCUCGGACGCCGUGCUGGACUUCGCCACGGUGUCGGAGAUCCUGCGCAGCGGCUAUACGCGCAUCCCUGUGUACGAGGGCGACCAGCGACACAACAUCGUGGACAUUCUGUUUGUGAAGGAUUUGGCCUUCGUGGACCCGGACGACUGCACCCCGCUCCUCACGGUCACCCGCUUCUACAACCGGCCCCUCCACUGCGUCUUCAAUGAUACCCGGCUGGACACGGUGCUGGAGGAGUUUAAGAAGGGAAAGUCUCACCUGGCCAUUGUCCAGCGGGUGAACAACGAGGGAGAAGGGGACCCCUUCUACGAGGUGAUGGGCAUCGUCACCCUGGAGGACAUCAUAGAGGAGAUCAUCAAGUCGGAAAUCCUGGACGAGACGGACCUCUACACCGACAACCGCAAGAAGCAGAGGGUCCCCCACCGGGAGAGGAAGCGGCACGACUUCUCCUUGUUCAAGCUCUCGGACUCCGAGAUGAGGGUGAAGAUCUCGCCGCAGCUCCUGCUGGCCACACACCGCUUCAUGGCUACAGAAGUGGAGCCCUUUAAGUCUCUGUACCUUUCGGAGAAGAUCCUGCUCCGGCUCUUGAAACAUCCGCACGUGAUCCAGGAGCUGAAGUUUGACGAGAAGAACAAGAAGGCUCCGGAGCACUACCUGUAUCAGCGUAACCGCCCGGUGGACUACUUCGUGCUGCUCCUGCAGGGUAAAGUGGAGGUGGAGGUUGGCAAGGAGGGCCUGCGCUUCGAGAAUGGAGCCUUUACCUACUACGGUGUCCCAGCCAUCGUGACCACUGCUUGCUCAGAUAACGACGUGCGGAAGGUCGGAAGUCUGGCGGGAUCCUCCAUCUUUCUGCCCGUCUCUGUGUCUCGUACCUUCGCCUUCAGCAGAGGGGAGUCUCUGGCAGGCUCGCCAGACGUCGAUCUUUUAGGCUCACAAGUCAACCGGUCCCCUUCCCGCUGCAGCGGGCUGAAUCGCUGCGAGUCUCCGAGCCGCGAGCGCAGCGAUGGUGGGGGGAGCAACACCCAGCUGUACAGCAGCAGCAACAACCUCUACACACCCGACUACUCGGUCCACAUCCUCAGUGAUGUGCAGUUUGUGAAGAUCACACGGCAGCAGUACCAGAACGCGCUCACCGCCUGCCACAUGGACAGCUCACCCCAGUCCCCUGACAUGGAGGCCUUUGCCUCUGGAGGUGCCACCAAGACCCCGACUACCCGGGGCACGCCCCAGACCCCCAAGGACGACGCUGCCGUUACCCUCCUGAAUGACAGGCACAGCCUGCCGUGCAGCCGUUCCGAAGGGCUGCGAAGCCCCAGCGAGGUCGUGUACCUGAGGAUGGAAGAGAUGCCCUUCACCCCAGAGGAAAUGGCCCACCUGGAGGGGCAGCCACUCUCGCUGUCUCCUGCCUCCGCCGUUCCCGCGCGAGCAGCCUCAGACAGCGAAUGUUGUCAUGUCACCCUGGACACGGAGACCAGCCCCCGCAGUAGCGACUCAGAGGAAACGAUGGGCAAGAAGCUGCUGAGAACCUUGAGUGGUCGAAAAAAGAAGAGGUCACCAGAUGGGGAGAGAGCCUUGGAGAACUCCAACCUGGCGCCUCUGAUCACAUGACGGGGCCGAGGCCGCAUUUGCUGGGUGUGUACGCUUCCAAAGCUUUGGGGGAGAACUGCCUUCCCAUCACCUGCCUCACCCCAAGACUUCCACAGGUGACAGGGCGCCCCGUUCCCUUUCCACCUCUUCAUCUUAGCUGUCGGUACGGCCCAUCUCCCCUCUCUGCCUCAGUCGCACUGAGCACCUUCCCGCAACCAGAACGGAAGGAGGUACCUCGAGUGGGCCGCACUACGAGUGGUCUUGCCCAUUGCAUCGUGUGAGACUGGGGAACAAGUGACCCCCCUGACCGCCCUGGGGCUCCUGAUGCCCUGCUUUAGAGCCUUGUCUGGAAAGUCUCCAUCUCGCCCUCCAAAACAAGGUCAUGUCCAGCCCGUAUUUCAUGCUCAGCAUAACUCAGAAGGUGCCACUGGCAGCCUGGCAGGUGGAGGGAGGCUGGAGUAGCUCAGGAGAGGGCUGCAUUGGGGGACGGACCAAGGAGUCCUCCAGCCCGCCCAGCAGAGGGACUAGGCCCUGUUGGUCUGAUUGGUCUCCUGCAAGAUAACGAACCCAGCAGCCUGAGAGAGUGGGUCUCUGCUGAAUGGAAGGAAUGUUCCUUGGAGCCUUGAAUCACUGCUUUUCCAGGGACACAUCUGUUUGGGCUCGAGCCCGAGGCCACCGAUCCGUCAAGGCAUCUGCUCCGGGAGAGGAGGCCCUGGCAGGGAGCUGGGGGCCAAAGAUGGAACUUCAGGUUUUAAGUGCAAAGCAAUGCAAAAAAGAAAUAAGAGAAGGAGCAGGAGGAGGAGGAAAGAAAUGCACAUAAAGCAAACGCUAAGCAAGUUUAGCCAUGAUAAACCAGAGUGCCCAGGUCAGCCAAGGAGAAUGCAAGCUCUCAUGGGACCGUGGUGUGUGGUGCACAAGAACGUUGAAAGUUUCUCUUCCUUUGCAGUCUUUCCAACCCCCACCCUCACCCCUGACUCCUUCACAGCAGGUCAGCCUAGCGUCUACCAAACCCAAACCCCUUGACGUCCAGUAGAGGUCAACUCAUCGUGACCCGCUAGGACAAAGUGGAGCUACCCUCUUUCUCCUGCAGAGUGGCUGGUGGGUUUGAACUUCCGGCCUUUUAUUUAAUCCCCUGUAGGUUAACCACUGGACCCACAGGGCAACUAAGAAUUAACUGGGUGUUCUGUUUUGCACUGGGAUGUUGGAGACAGUGCAAGCCCAAGUAUAUCCACCAGGGAGCAGAAUGACUGCACAUAACUAUUUCAGAGGCGAGUGACCAAAGUUAGAGAUUUAGAAGUAGGCGGAGGCUUCAAAAAAUUCCAGGGAAAAUGGAAUGAAGACCUACUGGAAUUUUACCACGAAUAUUCGAAAGCCUCUUCAUAAGAGAAGUGUGGCUCUGAAGAUCCAUCUCCCUUUCUAAGCGAUUCCCCACACCUUUGGGUCCCUGGGCCAGACAUCCAGAGAUUCGGGGCUGCCUGCUGUAUCUCCCAACCAUUCCCCAACUUGCCCCUGUGUUCUACCACCCCUCCCCACCUCCAGACCCGCGACUGCCAUUUCCCCGUGCCCCUUCAGCCAGUCAUCACACGGGGAGGAGGGACCGAUCAGUCCUGUGUGCUGUUUGCAUCUCACACGAAUGCUCACGAACCCGUGGGAACUUUUAACUCAGGAGUCCCGAAACUUGGGGGUCCCUCGGUGGACUUCGGAGGGGCCAUGAAACCCUCAGAAUUGUGUGUGUGUGUUUAUGCGUGUUUUUGAGAGAACUAAUACUGUCCUGAGAGUCCCAGAGGUCUCAGGCCUAGAGGGUUACAAACCACUAUUUUAGCGAGUGGGACAGUGAGUAGAGUCUCUGCAGUGCAGAGUCAAGUGAAUCUGGGGCCUUGGGUGACAGACUUUGAGUUAUAAGGAGGGGGGGGUUCUCCAGUGCCUGCCAAGUCCAGGGGGAAGGCUGGCACGCACCAAGAAGCGGGAGGACUCGGCGUCCUUGGUAUACCCUGGGGUGGCACAGUGGGCCAACAACAGUCUAUGGAUCUUGGUGCCCGUCUCCCCACCCAAUUGGAGCAGGUGGUUCAGACAGGAGGGUCACUGCAUGUGGAAGUGAUGGUGUUCUGGCUGGGGAUGGCUUUCCCCCCAUCAGUAUAUUAUUCCCUUCAACAUGCCCCUUGCCCAGCCUGGCCUGCGGCCCAGCAGUGCAUGAGUUCAUGUAGCUACGUCCACAACCACCCCCUCCCAGCACCUGCUCUUGCCGGGUAAGGACGGGCAUGGUGUCAGUUCUUGGCACUAGGAGGCCUCGGGUCCAGACCAGCCAACAGUGGGAGUUCCAAGAGGGCGGCCAUCAGGAUGUAGCGUUGGUGCAGGAUGACCGCUCGCCUGGUCUUUCAUGAGCCUUCAGGCUUCCGGGCCCCAGCCAUCGCUAUGGCAUCCCAUCCGUCCCUUUGCCAAACCCCCAGGAGAGCCUGUCACCUGGCCCCUCCUUGUCCUACCUUCCUGCCAGUUUUUCUUCAGGUUCAUAAACAAGUUCGGUUGGUUGGUUGGUUUUUUAAGAGGAUUUUAAAAUAAAGCACUUAUGAAAGCUCAGAAACUGUAAAUCAUUUUUAAAUAAAGAGAAAAUGCCUUUCCUGGCAUGUGGCUGUUUCCCUGUGUCAUGCAGGCGGGUGCACGCCGCA